AUGGCUUCCCAAACGGGGUUGAAAGAAGUAGUUUCUCUUUAUCAAACGUUGAUAAAGGAGUGGAAUAGAAAACCGGUUGACCUUGAAAAAGUUGGAAAGCUUCUUUCUGGAAUGAAAGUAAGUUGCAAUGUUUCUUUUUCAUUGAAUACAUUAUUACUAAAUUGUUUCUCUGAUCUUAGAAUGAUUUCUUUAGCCCUCGCCUUUCACUCGCAUGCAUAGAAUUUUGUCGCGAGAACUUAUUUUAACAUCAUCAUCCAUUACGACGGAAGUUUCACAAAUUUAUGUAGUACAUUGAUAUGAAAUGCUGUAAUGGUUUUAAGCUGCUUGAAUAUUGUAAUUCUCUUUUUACAUUAUUCAGUAAGCUUAUUAAGUUCCAAUUUUUUUAUGGAAUUAUAUUGAACACACAAUGUUGUGGAUUGUUUUGUUUUUCUUAUUAGAUUGAGAAAAACAACAAUCGAAAAUAAGCAACUGCUUUUUCAAUGUGAAAGGCAGCAAGUUCAAACUUGCAUUUUUAAGGAGGUCCAAUCGAAGAACAAUAGUUUGAUUUAGCAACAGAAUGUUGCUAAAUGAAUGAGUGAGGUUACUGAUCGUUUUGAUACAGAGUCGUUUUGCAGGAAGCAAGUUCAGAUUUCGUUGAAAUUGGGAAACUUGUAUUUUACAGUCAAAACAGGUCAAGCGUACGCCCCAAGAUUCUAUUAAUGAAUUGAUUAUUUGAAAAAUGAAUCCAGUAGUCGUUCCCACAACUAGUGUCAAAUUGAAUUCAGAAUUACUGCAUGGGUAAUGAGCAGUGAAUAAUUUACGAGAACUUGUCUGUAUUUGGUCAGAUUGAAAGUCUUUCAAUGAAUUAAAAUUCUUAGAAGACAUUCCCAUCAAAUUCAGGGAAACUGAGCUGGUAGAAAUUUCGUAACUGAAUCGCAUGUGAAUUCACGGCUCAUUACACUUGCAAGAAUGUAGAGAUGAAUCUGAAAUCUACAACUGCCAAUGGACUCAACUUUCCAAUAAUAAAUUCAUUAAUGGACUUUUGGGGGGUACGCUUGACCUGGCUUGACUAUAAGGUGGUGCAAUUGAAGAACAAUAGGGUGAUUUAGCAACAGAAUGUUGCUACACAUAAAUGAAUGAGUGAAUAAGGUUACUGGUUGCUUCGUUACAAAGUUGUUUUGAUACAAGGCGUUUCAAUACAAGGUUAUUCAGUUGAGGUGUAAAUAGUUUUAUGCACUUGACUUAAAGAACAAAGAAUAUUCACCCAAAACGUUUUUUUUUCUUGUUCACAUGAAAACUUUAAUGUGACAUCUCAUGCAAAAAAUGGAUUUUUAAAUGGAUAGCCGUUUGUAUGCAGCUCAUCAGCUGUUCAAACAGAUUGGGUAUCCGUUCGAAUGGCUCAAGCUAUCUGUUAAAAAAAAAUGGUCAGCCGUUCGAACGGCUCCAGCUGUCCAUGCAAAAAAAAAAUUGUCAUCUGUUUGAGUGGCUCGGGCUAUCUGUUCAAAAAAAAUUGUCAGCUGUUUGAAUGGCUCGAGCUGUCUGUGCAAAAAAAAAAAUUGUUUUCUGUUGGAACAGCUCAGGCUAUCCGUUGAAAAAAACUGUCAGCCAUUCGAAGAGCUCGGGCUAUUUGUUCGAAAAAAAUUGGCAACCGUUCAAAAGCUAGAUCCAGCUAUCUGUUUGAAGAAGAAUUUUGCUGGGUUUCCAUUCCAGAACAACUUCCUCACCAGCUACUUGUGUCAAAUGAUCUGUUAUUCUCCAUGUAUUCUUGAGUGGUCCCGUUACGAACUUUGUUUACAAACGUAUCAUGAAUAGUCACAGUUCUUUUUCUGCCCCUACCUCAUCUUUUCGUCAUCCAUUCAGCCAUUCCAUUUCGAACGGCUUGGUUACCCCGUCCUCAUCUGUUGGCUUGCCGUGUGUUCGUAUACCGUGCAUUGUUUAUAAGGAACAUUUUUGAGUGAGAGGUCACAUAUUUGAAGUGAAUGGAAUUGUUGUGAAAUAAUUGCACAAUUCACUGCACAAUUCACUGCUCAUAUUGAAACAACUUGUAUCAAAACGACUUUGUAUUUAAGAAUCAGUUGAUGAUGGGGUAGCAUGUAGAAAAGACAUGACAUUGACACUGAAAGUGCCAUUGUCACUGCCAUCAUGUUGUUCUUAAUUUGCCUAACGAAAGUGAUAUGUGACUAUAUAAUACAUGUAGGCAGACCCACUGAGGUUGCUAGCAGGCACACUGCCAAGCCCCUAAACUACUGUAGAUACCUUCCUCUUUUCUAAAAACUUUAAGAAGACUGGCAAGUUGUCUACCUACCACUAAACUAUGUAAAUUUUACAUCCUUUUUUAAAACCUUUAAGUCCAGUGGUGAGUUGCCAACCCAUCAAAUCAUUCAACUCCACAAGUCAUUUUGCCAAUUCAGGGUAACGUUUUCAUCAAGAAUUCUUGUAGCAGGAGAAAGGUAUAACAUUGCAGAACGUUGCAGGAGAAUAUUGUGAAAGAGGCUCCACAUCUGAGUAAAAAAUAGUCAUAGGCUAUCGAAUGUUAGCCGAAGAAUUUUGCACAAUAAAUGGAGAAUUCUCCAAUCUCUGAUGCCUUAUGAAAACUGUGCAAUGUCCUAUUCGCUGAUGUUUGAAGCUGUUUUGUUAACAUGUUAAAGCAGUUCCCUAACUUCUAUUGCCUGAUCAAUGGCUUAUGAACAAGGUAUACUGAAAGAAUGAGGUAUAUACAUUAUACAUGUGUAGCACCUGUUUUGUCUUGUAAGCAAAACAACCUAAGACAUUAGCAAAUGGCACGUAAUCAGGAUGAUACUUAGGCAAAAUGACCGGUCACUUACUGUUAUUAAAAUUGAAGGUGAAUGGGUCCCAAGCUACUCUACUUUUACAAAUUAAAAGUUGUCCUGCAGUUACCACUGGACGAUGUGGCUGCUUAUAAUGAGCUAUUGCUAUUUACUAAAAGUUCAAGGUCAAGUCUUUCAAACUUUUACUGUCAAACUCAGAAAGUCAUGAACACUUGAAAUAUUUUCUGAUUAAUUAUGACCAAUGGCAACAAAGAUCUCAGCGUAGGAUCAGCAACAAAACUACUAACUAACUAACUCCCUACUGACUGUCACACCUGACUGGCUCUUUACUUGUAGCACAUGUAAAAAGAAAACUUCUUGCUUGGUGGCCAUUGAUGAAAGAUUUUUGCACUAAUUAAAAACCCUCUCUUUGUAGAUGGCUCUGAUUCAAUUCUCAUUCUUACCAACAUCUUCAUGUAAGCCAAGCCCACAAGAACUUCUUUUAGCAAGUAAGUUAAAUUCAAAGAUCAUCAUUGAGAAGUCAAAUGAUUAUUAAUUGCAAGCCCUAGGAUUUUACAGUAAUGAUCGUUUCUGGUACUGUGUCGUUACUGUCAUCUUAAAGUAACAGAACCGAAAAAUAGUUUCCCAGUGACAUGCCCUGAUAUAUUCAGACUGAGGAAUCAAAAUACACAAAUAUAGUAUUUUUCUACUUGGAUUCUUAACUAGUACAGCAAUUCUUUAUGACCCAGUUUGUGUACAAACGAUAUUUUAAAAAAAACGUUACAGUAGCGAACAUUUCAAGUGAGUAGACUUACUCCUUCAGUUGAUCGAAGAGGAGUCUUUAGUGUUUGACCCUUGAGUGUACACACAUUUAACACUUAAAUAAUUGGCCUUCUUCUGACAUUUUAAUAAUAGACUUUGACGUUUUUUGUAAAUAAUAGUACACACUGAUGUUCUUUAAUUUUAAAUUAUGUUUAAUUUAACAACAGUCAUGUUUCCAGAAAACUGUUUCUGUACAUUAAAAGAAAUAAAAGUGGGCUGCCAUGAAUUUUCACAGAACCAAAAAAUUGUUACCGAUAGUUUGCCAUGAUCUCUGGGCACGGAACAGAAAAAGUGUUGUCCAUGGAAUUUGAAAUCCUAGGGCUUGUAAUUGCCCGAAAUAACUACGGGGGGUGACGCAGUCAGCCAGCGUCAUAAAUUCAGGAGUGCACUCCUUUCAAAUUUUUCUUGGGAGUCAAAAAUUGCCUUGUUUUUUUAACUUUCCCAUAUCCCAUGCCAGUUACAAAAAAUUGUGUGAUUGUUAUUGGCUGCAACUUCGAAUCACAUGCAAGUCAGGUUGGAUUGCACAAGCUGAAAAAAGAUACUGCAUCAGCAAAGGAGGCAAAAGUUAAGGUUACAGCAUAGAGGAGGACAAAGCCAAUUGCUAUCCUGUCGGCUGUGUUACCCUUUGUUACCCCUUGUUACCCUGUAUUAACCUUUGUUACCCUGUUUUACCCUUUGUUACCCCGUGUUACCCUUUGUUACCCCUUGUUACCCUGUGUUACCCUGUGUUACCCUCUGUUACACUGUGUUACCCUUUGUUACCCUAUGUUACCCUUUGUUACCCCUUGUUAGCCUGUAUUAACCUUUGUUACCCUGUGUUACCCUUUGUUACCCUGUGUUACCCUUUGUUACCCUUUGUUACCCUUGUUACCCUGUGUUACCCUGUGUUACCCUUUGUUACCCUGUGUUCCCCGUGUUACCCUUUGUUACCCCUUGUUACCCUGUGUUACUCUUUGUCAACCUGUGUUACCCUUUGUUACCCUGUGUUAUCCUUUGUUACCCUGUGUUAUCCUUUGUUACCCUCUGUUACCAUGUGUUACCCUUUGUUACCCUUUGUUACCCUGUGUUAUCCUUUGUUACCCUGUGUUAUCCUUUGUUACCCUCUGUUACCAUGUGUUACCCUUUGUUACCCUCUGUUACCCUGUGUUACCCUUUGUUACCCCUUGUUACCCUCUGUUGUUUUGGAGAACAAUAAGGAACCCAGAACCUACGGUUGUUUAGCUGCACUAACAAAAAUAGCGUGCUUUUACGUGUCAAAAGAGGUCAAAGAAAAUGCUAAAUCAGAUCAGAGGUCAAAUCCUGUUGGCCAGGAACAAAAGCCACAGAAACCAAUAAAAAUGUACGCAUGAAACAGAUCAACUUUAUGACUUCUUCCAAAAUUUUAAAAGAGGCCCACCAUUUUCUUAGCAAAUAAUAGCUUUCACCGUCACGAAUGUCCUUAUAUAUCAGGAUAGUCUGGACUGGUCAAAGGAUGUGAUUUUUCAUGAAAAUAAAAAGUCAAAACACAAAGUUCUGCUUGACUUGUUUAGAAAAUAGUUUGUUUAAUUUUAGUAAUCAACUAACAGCUCACUGAUUUAUUAAUUUGGGCAACCAACUUGGAGGUCUGGGUACCCCAGCUAAAAUCUCCCCGAAAAUUUUACUUUGGCGACCAUCUUUUAGGCCAGGGUUCCCCAGCUAAAAUGUUUGGGAGCCCAAGGGCUCCCUGAAAAUUUUCCUCAGAGCACAGCCUUGCGAGCUGUAGUUAUUAGUCUGAUAUAUUACAUGAUAUUGUUGAAUGUGGAAGUGCAUUAAUUUUAUUGAGGUUAUUAGUAAAGCCAGAAUGCAAAUGUUAGUUAACUACCCCGUACUCUUAACAUAUAUGGUGGUAAUAUUGAUGUAAAUUUUUUUUCGAGGAGUAAAGGAACCCUUGUGUAACUCAUCUUCUAGUGUAUUUAACAGAACAUCUCUGUCUCUCCUGCGCACAUUUGUUGUUGAUACUUUGCUCAACUUUCCAAUGCCAUUCAAGAUAUUCUUACUUACACCAACACAUCCCGCGUAAACGCCUUCAGGCAUCUUCUUGUUACCUUAUAUUUUUUGUUGUGACUGUCAUUAUUUUAGUGAAAUGAAUUAAAUUGGAAUUGUAUACAUGUACAGCUGUGUACUUGGAACAAUAAAAUGAAGUCUCUAAAGCUCCUGCUUGAUUUAAGGCUAAGACAUUUUUGUACCGUGAUGUAGAGACUCACUUGAAUUUUUAUUGGAUGUUUUAGGGGAUGCAUUAGAAAUUGGUGUUCAGUGGAGUAUCUCAAAAAAGGACAUUCCGUCAUUUGAGAGAUACAUGGCUCAGCUGAAACCCUAUUACCUUGAUUACAAGUAAGAGUCGUAGCCAUAUGUUAUUGCCUAUGUAAGAGUUUGACAGUUCAUUGUCCAUUCAUCACCUUCUCCAUAGUAGCUUUUAGUAUUAAAAUAUGUUAAUAAAUUCACCAGCGACUUUUAGGAACUGGUUGUUGCUAUACCAGUAGCUAUGGGGAGUUGGUAUUUAGGUUUUGAAUAAGUUUUCAACAAAACAUGUCUUUCCCCCCCACAGAAAACAAAAAUUGUCUUAUAUAGAAUACAUGUAUGUCCUGCUCCCCUUUCCUUUUCUCUUCUGCCCUGCCACCUCUUAGUCAGUUUACUAAUCCCAUGGUAAAAUCAACCCCAAGGCCCUUGGUGUUCUGUAAUAUGCCUGGUAGUUCAAUAAGCAAAGAAUGUGAAAUGGAGAAAACUAAACUUGCCUGGAUUUGAGAUUUUCCCACAGUUAAAAUUGGUUAUUCUGUUGUACAGAAUUCAACAGAGAUUCCAAAAUCGCUGCAACAAUAGAUCUUGUAGAGAUAUUAAGUUUGUUAGAAAGGUAUUUGAGUCAAUUAUUAGGAUAGUUGUUGUCAACAAAAAAAAAUCGCAAAGGUAAAAAUUGCAUCACCAUUUCCCAUCAGAAAAAAUGUGCCCCCAUUUUCAACUGCUUUUGAUAAUAAUGUACCCCUCCCCCCUCUCUUAACACCAGCCCCCUCCCCCCUCUUAGCGUAACUGAGGCAGAGAAAGCCUCAAAGGAGGGAAGUGGUUGGAACAGCCACUUUUGUGGUACUCAGGCUGUUGAGAAGUGUACAUCAAACCAAGCUUUUUGAUCAAAAGCUACAGUACAACAUGAAUUGGCAGCCUGAAGCUGACCAGAUUUCAAAGCCAGUGGACAUUUUUUUUAGAAAUCAAACUUCAGUAGACAACGUGUAAAUGUGUAGUCCCCUACAGGUAUUUCUGGUAUUUAAUCCUGUGCUUAUUCUCGGUCUCCCAGCUGGAAAAUGUAAGAGCGGUAAUGGUGUUUUUGUUGUUAACAUGUAUAUUAGAGGUCAAAAUUAAAUUCAGGUUAAAAUUUUUUAACCUAGGUUAAAUUGAGAAUCAAACUAGUAGGCUACUAGUUUGAUUCUCAAUUUAACCUAGGUUAAAAAAUUUUAACCUGAAUUUAAUUUUGGCCUGUAUUAUGUACUCUUCUCAUUUCCUAGGGGCAUCCUAGAAGAGUCAGCAUAUAUGUACCAGUUACUUGGUCUAAAUUUGUUGUCUCUCCUUGCACAAAAUCGGCUUGCAGAAUUUCACACUGUAAGUAUAGUACAUGUAAGAAACGGUAUGUAAAGUAAUAUUAAUUUGCUUUCACUCUUGGUGAUAAAAAAAAGUUUGCACCUAAAGCCCUAUUAAUUUAUGGCAUGUCAAGAGUACUGUUGCUACAUUUAUUGAUAAUAAACGUCUUUAAUAAAUUAUUUAUUUUUCCAACCUAUAAAACACACUACAUGUAGCUUUUUUAGGGUUUUUUCUCUGAUUGGAAGCGAUAAUUUUACAUAAAAACAGUAAAGGUUUGGUGCUAUACAUGUAUGUAUAGUUGAAUUAAUAUUAAGGUUUCCUUUUUGUCAUUCAGGAACUGGAACUUUUGCCGGCAAAAGAACUACAAAACAAUGUUUACAUUAAACAUUCUGUCUCUUUAGAACAGGUACUAGAUAUAUUUUUUCUUUCUCUAUUCAGACAUGCAUAUGUUAGGGUUCAAUUUUAUCCUUGGUCGAAAUUGUAUUUUCCUUUGUUUUAAACUCAUUAUUCAAAAUAAAAUAAAAUUUAGACCAAGGAUGAAAUUGAACCACAACGUAUUAUAUUGCAGUUCAAAAUUAAAAAAGGUGUAAUUAUUCAUAAAUUAGAGCUAGCAGAUAAAGGAAAUGAAAAAUCAACCUAGGUUACAACAUUUUUACCUGUAACAGAUAUUAAGAUAAUAAUAUACAUGGUACCCCUGUACCAUUUUGUUGCAUUUGAUGUGCAGUCUGGUGCAACUUCGUGCACAUUGUGCAACUUGGUGUGGUUUGGUGUGACUUGGUACAAAUUCGUUCAACUUGGUGCAGGUUGGUGCAACUUGGUGCAGAUUGGUGCAACUUGGUGCAGGUUGGUACAACUUGGUGUAGAUUGGUGCAACUUGGUGCAGGUUAGAACAACUUGGUGCAGUUUGAUGCAACUUGGUGCAGUAUGGUGCAACUUGGUGCAGGUUAUAAAAACUUAGUGCAGAGUGGUGCAACUUGAUGCAGGUUCGUGUAAUUUGGUGCAGUUUGCUGUACAUUAGUGCAGCUGGGUGCAGUUUGGUGAAACUUGGUGCAGAUUGGUUCAACUUGGUGCAGUUUGGUGCAGAUUGGUGAAACUUGGUGCAAGUCAGUGCAACUUAGUGCAACUUGGUGCAGAUUACUGAAACUUGAUGCAGGUUGGUACAACUUGGUGCAGCCUGGUGCAACUUGGCGCAGUUUAGUGCAACUUGGUGCAGAUUGGUGCAGGUUGUUGCAACGUGGUGCAGAUUGGUGCGACUUGGUGCAGGUUGGUACAACUUGGUGCAGAUUGUUGCAACUUGGGGUAGUUUGGUGUAACAUGGUGCAAACUGGUGCAACUUGGUGCAGGUUGGCCAAACUUGGUGCAGGUUGGUGCAACGUGGUGUACUUUGGUGCAACUUGGUUCAGGUUGGUGUAGAUUGGUGCAACUAGGUGUAGGUUGGUGCAACAUGGUGCAGACUGGUGCAACUUGGUGCAGGUUGGUGCAACUUGGUGCAGGUUGGUGCAACUUGGUGCAGUUUAGUACAACUUGGUGCAGUUUGGUGCAACUUGGCGCAGAUUAGUGCAACUUGGUGCAGAUUGGUGCAGGUUGGUGCAACGUGGUGCAGAUUGGUGCGACUUGAUGCAGGUUGGUACAACUUGGUGCAGAUUGUUGCAACUUGGGGUAGUUUGGUGCAACAUGGUGCAAACUGGUGCAACUUGGUGCAGGUUGGCCAAACUUGUUGCAAUUUGGUGCAACUUGGUGCAGGUUGGUGCAAGUUGGUGUACUUUGGUGCAACUUGGUUCAAAUUGGUGCUGCUUGGAGCAACUUAGGGCGGAUUGUACAACUUGUUACAUUUUCGUGAAGCUUUCUACAGGUUGGUGUAACUUGGUGAAGAUUGGUGCUAUUUGGUACAGGAUGGUGCAACUUGGUGCAGAUUGGUGCAACUAGGUGUAGUUUGGUGCAACAUGGUGCAGACUGGUGCAACUUGGUGCAGGUUGGUGCAACUUGGUGCAGUUUAGUGCAACUUGGUGCAGGUUGGUGCAACUAGGUGCAGUUUGGUGCAACUUGGUGCAGAUUGGUGCAACUUGGUGAAGUUUGGUGCAACGUGGUGCAUUUUGGUUCAACUUGGUUCAGAUUGGUGCAACUUGGUGCAGAUUGUUGAAGUUUGGUGCAACGUGGUGCAUUUUGGUGCAACUUGGUUCAGAUUGGUGCAACUUGGUGCAGAUUGAUGCAUGUUGGUGCAACCUGGUGCAGAUUAGUGAAACGUGGUGCAGGCUGGUGCAACUUGGUGUAGAUUGGUGCAGCUUAGUGCAGUUUUGUGCAACUUGAUGUAGAUUGGUGCAGUUUGGUGGAACUUGGUGCAGAUUGGUGUAAUUUGGUGCAGGGUGGUGCAACUUGGUGCAGAUUGAUGUAGUUUGGUGGAGCUUGGUGUAAUUUUUUACAGAGUUGUGCAGAUUGGUGUAGUUUUGCGGAACAUGGUGCAUCUUGGUGCAACUUGGUGCAGAUUACUGCAAAUUAGGGCAGUUUGGUGCUAUGUGGUGCAGUUUGGUGCAACUUGGUGCAGAUGGGUACAACUUGGUGCACUUUGAGUCAGUUUGGUUCAACUUGGUUCAGACUGGUGCAUGUUGGUGCUCUUUCGUUCAGUUUGGUGCAUUUUUGUGCUGAUUGGUGCAUGUUGGUGAAGAUUGGUUCAGUUUGAUGCAACUUGGUACAGUUUUUUGCAACUUGGUGCAGAUGGGUCUUGGGUUAGAUUGGUGCAACUUCAUGCAGAUUUGUGCAGUGUGGUGUAGAUGGGUUCAGUAUGUUUCAGUUUAGUUCAACUUGGUGCACAAUGGUGCAGAGUGGUUUAGUUUGUUGUAACUUGGUGCAGGGCUGUUCAGAUUGGUGGAACUUGGUGCAGAUUGGUGCAGUUUUGUGCAAUUUUGUUUGUACACUUAUUACGGUCAGGUUCUACAUAAUUGUGUUGGUGUUUUAUGCAGCCAUAGUACAUUAGUAUAUCUAGUAUGGCCGUGUUCUAUUUUAUUCGGUCGUAGUACGUCAGUACACUUAGUAUGGCCAUGUUUUUUAUGUUGGUAUUUUAUUCGGUCUUAGUACAUUAGUACGCUUAGUACAGCCAUGUUCUGUGUAUGCUGGUAUCUUAUUUGAUUGUAGUAUGGCCAUGUUCUUUGUACGUUAGUACCGUCAGUAGAGCUGUGUCUACGUUUUUUGGCAUUCUAUUCUGUCUUAAAAUGUUAGUACCCUUUUGUACAGCUAUGUUCUAUUCUGCCUUGUUAUGGUUGGUAUGCUUGGUACGGCCAUGUUCCAUUUUCUCUGGCAUGCAUGCAUGGCAUUAUUCAGCUUUGUCAGUCAUGUUUUACGGCUAUGAAUUGGUGAUUUCAUAUGGAAUAACGUUAUUUAAGAAAUAAGUUGCACGGUAAACACAGAGCACAGAACAUAACUAAGACAACUGAUAAAUAAAAACAUGCAGUGACUUAAGGGGAAAAACAGCCCCUCUUCAUGCUUAACAUACUGCAGUAGUAACUAAAGACAUCAGAAUCCAAUAUACACAAAAUCUGUGAAUUCAAUAAACUCACUGAAUUCCAAGUACACUUGCCAGGUGUACUAAGCGAAAAAAAAAAUAGAAAGUGGUGCCUAGAAUGUGCAGCAUAUGGAUGUGUGGCUGAGAAGGGUACAUGUAUAUUUUCCAGUAGGUUAGUCUGGGAUAAUUUACAUGUGCAUGUAUAAAGAAAUUUGGUCUAGAAUAAAGUUCCAUCAUUAAUUUCUGAAAAAUUGAUCAGUAUCGAGAAGGGUAAUUCUUGGCACAGAUCAAAACAAUUAUUAUUAUAUUUGCUGGUUCAAAAUUAGUCUGUAAUUUUUAUGCUACAACCAUUUGCAAAAAUCAUCUUGAGACACUUAGUUGGGCUCAUGUGGCAUGUCCAUGAUCUUGUGCUUGUGAUCUCCCCUGCCCCACUCCCUUGCCAAAGUUGCAUAUGAGACCAUCUCAAAUUCUUGAGGAACAACCUUGAAGUGAGGGGAGGGAGGGGUGAGUGUUAUAAUUAUCUCUCAGAUGUGUGACUACAGCUGUAGCAGUGAUAUUUAGUGAAAACAGCUUUUUUGUAAGAUAGCCUAUAUUCUUGCAACUAGUUUUAGUCCAGAGUAAAGAAGCAAAAUUGACGUUGAAUGAGGUAAGUUAUAUCCAGUGUGCUAGUAGUACCCCCACCCCCUUAAAAAAAUUAAGAGUACUCCCCUCCCCCUGGCCUUCAACAUACACUAGCUUUAUUGACAACCAAACAGGAAAAUGAUGCAAAAUGUUGUACAUCUUUGCCUUGCAGUACCUUAUGGAGGGAAACUACAACAAGGUAUUAAUAAUCAUUUCUCAAUUAAGAAAACUAACAGAAUCUUUUUUUUUUUUGCAUUAUUCCAGGAGUGUAGCUCUGAUUCAUUUGAAUUUGGUUGAUUAAUAAUCGGAAUAAGCAACAAAAUUUGAAGGUGAAUUCAUUUUUUUUUUAGGUCUUUCUUGCAAGAGGAAAUGUACCAGCAGAUAAUUAUCACUUCUUCAUGAACAUCCUCUUAGAUACUCUCAGGUAAGGCUUAAAACAUUACGAUGGAAUCCAUCAGGAAAUUGAGUUAUAACUUGAAUUUUCAGUAGACAAAUUCCUUGUUCUAGAGUAUCUUAAGCCAUAUGGCAUUAUUUUUUACACUUUUCAAGGGCUACUUAUUAGUUAUCUGUAACAACACUAAAGACAAAUUCUUGUGGGAGCCUGAGAACAUAAAAAUUUUAAAUUGCACAGGAAUUGAGAAAACACAGGUUAAAUCAUCAUGCAUAGGAUUUCGUUCUGUGAAAUGUUAAGCUUUUGAAGUUUGCUUUCUUGGGCUGUCAUAAGAAUCUUUUCUUUGGAGUUAUUUCGCAUAACUUACUACAUUUGUAGCCCUUGAAAAGUGUAAAAAAAAGGAUGCAAUAUGCUUGAAAUUAUUCUGUGACUGGUUACUCAAUUUCCUAAUGGAUUCCCCCUUAAUUCCUUUUAACCUAGAAGGUUAAUGUACAUACAUGUAGAGGUCCAAAUUCAUUUGAUAUUUCAUAUGGUAAUUUUAUUUUAAUGCCUUUUAGAGAUGAGAUAGCAGCUUGCACUGAGAAAGCCUAUCCAUGUAUAUCCUUACCAGAGGCAACCAGGAUAUUGUAUUUUGAGAGCGAUAAAGACAUGAGGGCUUUUGGUGAGAAGGUAAAAUGUUAUUCUUAUCUUUACCUUCUUAAAUCUUUGCUAAUUUUAAGUCAUGUCUCAUAUAGGACCAAAGUGGACUGUCUUACAUGUCUAGAGGAUAAUCUCUCCUAGUCCAAAAGCUUAACACUUUUGUUAGCCAUAGAAAGUUUUGUCAGAUCCAUCUUGAAAGAGGACGCAGUAACAUUAUCAUAAAACUUGAUAGUAUCCACAGACAAUUCAUUAUCCAAAACAUGUUUGUUCAGGAUUGAUAGUGUGUAGACAAUUCUUGUGUGGAUACAUUAAAAGUCCUGUUCUGCUCGUCAUUUUCACUCACAAAGUUCAAAGUUUAUUGAGAGAUUUUGCAAAGUGUUCAUGGGUACAGACAAUAACUCUAGCCUGCAAAAUAGCUAGAGCUAAUCUAGCCGGCUAGUGGAGAGAUUAAGUAGUAAGUUUUACAUAAUUAAUAAAUAGCCAUAAAUAAGCAGGUAGUAUGAAUGUAUAAUAUGUAAAUAGAUAAUUGAUGUUAAGGACUGAAAGGAAGAAAUUGGGUAAAUAAAGCUACUUUGUACAUACAUUUUGAAAUUCACAAGGACCACUUUGAGUCUUGAUUCACAGCUGAGUGCUCAGAGCCAGUGUUUACCACUCAUAAACUCUUCAAAAUGCUCAGUGUUCUAACUUGGAGGAAAGUUUUCGUGCAUUUAGGAUGUUUGAAGGAAAUGCUAAUGGUAACUUACAGUCAUACAUGUAACACGCUUGAAUGGGUCUUAAGAAUGAUAUCCAUGUACCAUGUAUGCAGUAGGGGGAAGGGGGGAAUGGGGGGCUAACGUGAUGGUCAGUUUUUUACUUUUUGUACAGCAUUUUGUUUUUGCUUUCUUUUUCUCCUUCAGCGAGGCUGGAUUUUAAAGGAAGAUAAAUAUUAUUACUUUGAGCUUGAGAGUGAAAAGGAAACAAAACAGGAGAUCCCAUCGUACAAAAUGAUCCAAUACAUGCUUGAGUAUGCUAAAGAAUUAGAGAGAAUAGUUUGACUACGAAGGUACCAGAUCAGAUGCCUUUUUGUACAUUGUCUUGUUUGUAUUUCAUUUACAGUGAUUGAUGUAAGUUAAAGGAUCAUAAUACAAUACUGACAACUGUCAGAUUAUGUUAUUGUUUGAAUCGUUUUGUUUUUUUGUUUUACUACGUCUUUGCAUUUUUGUCUUCUUACAGGUAACACUCCCUUAAAUUACAUCUCUAUAAGGUGGACAUCUUCCUAAAGUUGACACCUUAAGUUGAUCCCUAUGGUUUACAGUGC